AUGACAGUCCUGUCUGCCGGACGGGCUGUAUCUGAGGGCGAGGGACAGAGCUGGGUCGCUCCGGCAGCCAGGUCGGCGCUGUGGGUCCACGCCCCGCCCUGGGACAACGGAGGGGAGGGAGCCGGUUCGCAGGCGGCGCCCUUGGCCCUUCGGCCCCUCCCUGCUCUCCCGAGGGGCCUGGCUGCACCUGCAAGCCGUGCGGAGACACUCCCACAGCAGCGUCUUCAAGCCCCUUUACAGCAGCUGCGGUCGGCCGCCGCCGCGCACUUCCGCUUCCGGUUUCGGACCGCCGAGAACGGAAGGCUCUGCUUCCUGCUGAGUUUGCCAGGAGCUGCAGCUCUGAAGGCCAAAGCUUCCUGUCCUCGGUGUCCCGAGAACGCAUCUUGUGUCAAUGGGACUUACUGUACCUGUGACUCUGGAUAUACUUCCAGCUCUGGGAAAAUGUUCUUCACAUUCCCCUUGGAGAUAUGUAAAGAUGUUAACGAAUGUGAAGCACCCUUUAAUGUGUAUUGUGGAAUAAAUGCUGAAUGUCAGAAUGUUGAAGGAAGUUUCCACUGUCGUUGUGUCUCUGGAUACAGACUCCUUUCUGGGGGAACACAAUUCAAGAAUCUCAAUGAGAACACUUGUCAGGACAUCAGCUCCUCAAAGACACCACCAACCAAAGGCAAGAAAAAGCUGCAACAUGUUAUUGACAAAUUCAAGUCACUUAUCACCAAUCAGACUUUUUGGAAAACAGAAGAUAAGAAAGAAAUUGCAUCCACGGCCACAUCCAUCCUCCAAAAUGUGGAAUCGAGUGUUCUAGAAACUGCUCUGAACACCCCACAACACAAAGUCCAGAAAGUCCACAAAAGUACUGUGGCUGUUGAAACUCAAGUUGUUACAGACAACUGCUCUGAGGAAAGAAUGAUCAGCUUGCAGGCCCAGAGGAACUCAUUGGAUAUCCACUGCAAUGACAUCAUCCAGGGAAACAUACAAGGUCCAAGUGCAGUCGCCUUCAUUUCAUAUACUUCUCUUGGAGACAUCAUAAAUGCAACUUUUUUUGAAGAGGUGAAUGGCAGCGAGCAGGUCUACCUGAACUCCUAUGUUGUGAGUGCUGCUAUUGGACCUGAAAGGAACACUUCUCCCUCCAAGACUGUCACUCUGAGUUUUCAGCACACGAAGAUGAAACCCAGGAACAAAAAGCCUUUCUGUGUCUACUGGAAAAGUUCCAAGGAGGGAGGCCACUGGUCCACAGAAGGCUGUUUCCUGAUACACGUGAAUGAAAGCCACACCAUAUGCAACUCCACCCACCUGUCCAGCUUCGCUGUCCUCAUGGCCUUCACUAGCCAGGAGGAGGAUCCCGUGCUGACUGUGAUCACCUACGUGGGGCUGGGCCUCUCUCUGCUGUGCCUCCUCCUGGCAGCCCUCACCUUCCUCCUGUGCAAAGCCAUCCAGAACACCAGCACCUCGCUCCACCUGCACCUCUCACUCUGCCUCUUCCUGGCCCAUCUCCUCUUCCUCAUUGGGAUCGACCAAACUGAACCCAAGGGGCUGUGCACCACCAUUGCUGGUGCCUUACACUACCUCUACCUGGCUGCCUUCACCUGGAUGCUGCUGGAGGGCCUGCACCUCUUCCUCACUGCAAGAAACUUGACAGUGGUCAACUACUCCAGUGUGAGUGGACUUAUGAAGAAGUUCAUGUUCCCUGUGGGCUACGGAGUCCCAGGCGUGGUUGUGGCCAUUUCUGCAGCAUCCAGACCUCGCCUUUAUGGAACGUCUGCCCGCUGCUGGCUAAACCUGGAUGAGGGAUUCAUCUGGAGUUUCCUGGGCCCUGUCGUUGUCAUUAUCUGUGUAAAUUUAGUAUUUUUUCUCUCAGUUCUUUGGAUUUUGAAAAGGAAACUUUCCUCCCUCAACAGUGACGUGUCAACUAUCCAGAACACAAAGAUGUUGACACUCAAAGCGACAGCUCAGCUCUUCAUCUUGGGCUGCACGUGGUGCCUGGGAACCUUGCAGGUGGGCCCAGCUGCCAAGGUCAUGGCCUACCUCUUCACCAUCAUCAACAGCCUGCAGGGGGUCUUCAUCUUCCUGGUCUACUGCCUCUUUAGUCAGCAGGUCUGGAAACAAUACCAAAAGUGGUUUAGAGAGACUGUGAAAUCAAAAUCUGAGCCUGAGGUUUAUACAGUUUCCAGCAAGGUUGGCCCUGACUCAAAACCCAGUGAGGGUGAGGUAUUUGCAGGACAAAUGAAGAGAAAAUAUUAA